AUGGGUUCUGGGAAAGGAUACCCGGAAUAUUGGGUAGCUGUUGUUAAACCAGGGAAAAUACUCUAUGAGAUGGGUGGAACCCAUUUGAAUGUAGCGGAUAACAGCGGAGCUCGAGAAUUGAUGUGUAUUCGAAUCAUAGGAGCUAGUAAUCGUCGAUAUGCUCAUAUUGGUGACGUUAUUGUUGCCGUGAUCAAAGAAGCAGUACCAAAUAUGCUCCUAGAAAAAUCCGAGGUAGUCAGAGCUGUGAUUGUUCGUACCUGUAAAGAACUUAAACGUGACAGCGGUAUGAUAAUACGAUAUGAUGACAAUGCUGCAGUUGUAAUUGAUCAAGAAGGAAAUCCAAGGGGAACUCGAAUUUUGGCGCAAUUCCCCGGGAAUUAA